CCAAGUCAACCGCCUGCGAUAACACAAGCAGUCAAUACUACAUCAACAACUAUCUACCUGGAAUGGACAGAAGUUACACAACUAAAUCCUGCUAAUAGCACUCUUCUUGGAUAUGGUAUUGUGUAUAAGAAAACAGGGGAGAUUUUUCAAAUAGGCUUCCUAAAAUCCGUAAGCCCGGCACCACUUGAAGCAACGUUGGAGGAUCUGGAAAAGUUUACAAAUUAUGCAAUUCGAGUGUUUGCUUUUACUGAUAAGGGGAAUGGAGUUUCAAGCCAACCAGUCUCGUUACGAACGCAGGAAGAUGGUAAGGUCAAUUUAAUUCUUGACACAGCUUUGCUCAUCUGAUAACUGGCCAGNACAAAUUAUGCAAUUCGAGUGUUUGCUUUUACUGAUAAGGGGAAUGGAGUUUCAAGCCAACCAGUCUCGUUACGAACGCAGGAAGAUGGUAAGGUCAAUUUAAUUCUUGACACAGCUUUGCUCAUCUGAUAUCUGGCCAAUAUAAUAAGGAAUCUAAUGUCGUACAGAAAAUUUAAAAAAAAUGAAUCUUCGCGAUCACGUGGUAGGCUCUAGAGUUUUUGCCAAAGAGAACCUCAAACACAACUAAAAGUUCUGAUCUUUUUCCCAGAAGAAAAAAUCAGAGAAAGAUGUUAGGUAUGGAUAUUUUAUCCCAUCUGACACUGAGAAAAAAAUACCAGAUUUAACUCUUACAACUGGUAGGCGUUGUUCGGGCAUCUAGCACUCACACACUCGUCAUUUUCAACCUGGGAUAUGUCAUGACUUCCGAAGCUUGAUACUUCAAAAAAGUAUUCCUCGUAGGCUAAUGACAGAGAUAUACCAAAUGAUAUACCAAAUAAAGCAGUCUCACAUACCUUCAAACUUGUUAGAUUAUUGUCCUUUCCGUAUAGAAUAGAAGCACUAGCCCAUAUUUUGGAUUUCGCAUCAUGUGCAACGUUCAUGCGAUCUCCUAAUUAAAUAAAAAUGAACCAAUAGGAAAGCGUCAUCUUUCCACUGAGUCAAGUCUAAAAAUCAUCCAACCUGCCCAGGUGUCAAUACCAGAACAUCAGUACACACUAACCAUUUUAUCUAGUUUGGAAUUUAUCGCUGAAACAAGGUACCUUGUUCAAUGGCUUGAGAUUCUGAUUUUCGGAUGAUUUGCUCUUGAAAUUCUACUAAAUCAGUCCUCUGAGGUUUUUUUAAGUCUUUUUCUCCACUCUCCUUUUGUCAGUCCCAAGUCAAAGUCCACCAAAAACAGUUGUUAAAUCCACGAGUUCCAGUACGAUUGAUGUGUCCUGGGAUGCAAUCGAAGACUCUUACGUACACGGAAUUCUAUUGGGAUACGAAGUAAGGUAUACCAAGGAUGACGGCUCAACUCACGCCUGGCAAACCAUAACUUUGGAUUCAAGUACAUUUACAAUCACAUUAAGUGAUCUGGAAUAUUUUACACGAUACAAAGUCGUGGUUUGUGCCAGAACUUCUAAAGGAUGUGGGAAAGAAUACUCUGCUACUUCCUACACUUGGGGUGAU